AGAGACCUAACAGUAGUGGUAAUAGAAACCGUAGACGAGUAACAGCGCAAAAAGUGAUCGAAAUGCAUUCGGCGUUCAAGAACCGACCAAGUCUCGAAGUAGUACUUUCAUAGACGGCGAUCGCUCAAGAAGUAAAAUAACCGCGCGGUAAUAUUAAAAAGUGUUUGUUACGCAGUUUGCAGUGCAUGAGAGUGUAUAAAGAAUAAAGUCUAAAGGGCAGUGGUGCGUGACAACCUUUAAAGAAAACAACAAUUUUACAACGUUUAGUAAUACAAGUUAUGAGCCAGAAACGAAUAAUUGGAUUUUCAAAUUGCAACUUAAAUCUUAACAAAGAAAAUGCAAGAAGAGGAGAAAUCGAAAUUGAAAUCAAAAUCAUGUGCAAUUUAACUCACGUGUAUUGCAAUAACCACGGACUGCUUACGAAGUAAUUUGUGAUUUAUAUCUGCAAAUAAAAACUUUGUUUAAAAAAUUAAAAAACAUAAAAAUGGCGUCGUUAAACGAUAUGCAAACUAAACCAGAGAUAAUCUACGAAUUGAUUAUUACUAUUAUAAACGUAUUAAGUAUUGUGGCGAAUAUACUGCUGAUAGUAACAAUCCUUCGGAGUAAAUUGAUGCGUAACAGGACCAACAUGUAUAUCCUCAACGUUGCACUCGCUGACCUUUUAACUUUAAUAGUAUUACUAAUCUAUUACGUUGAUAAACGUAUCUUAAGAUACACUGCUUCACUUGAUGACCAUCGACACGUGCAAUGUGCCCUAACCAAUUUGGAAAUUUGUCUACAAAUUCUAACAAUGCUCUUCGUCAUCGCCCUAGCUACAAAUUUCAUAGUACUAUCCGCUUGUAUAUCACAAGGUAUAGUUGUGGUACUUUUAUGGAACAUCGCAAUUGUUGCGUCGUACUUCAACGCGUUGUACUGCCGCGACGAUUUGACACUACUGCAGGGCGGUAUUUAUGCGGUCCUAAUGGCCAUCCUGUUGCUGGUGCUACUUGGAAAGUGCUGCCAGCGUUGUAGACGUAAGGGCGACUCGACACGCGAUGGUGCUUUCCGCCUCAACUUCGCCACCAUUUUCGUUUGUCUCUGCCUGAGUAGUUGGAUCGUCAACGUGGUGGCGGAAUUCGCCCUGCGCAAUGAAACUAUCGUCAAGCAUUUCGUGCUCGCCUUCGGCACGUCCGUCAAAGUGGGCAAGAAUAUUGCGCUGGCGUUGUACUUAUUCAAGCAUAACGAGAUGUUUAAGGACAGUAUUAUGGCGCUGUUCAAUUGUCGCACCGUGCGCAUCAAUCGAGCCGAAUCGAUCAACUACGCCAGUGAGCAGACUUCCGUCGACAUCAGCAUACGCAACGAGAAGAUGAUUCCAGCGUAAAGACGUGAAAGUUUUACCUCAUGCAGUUAAUCAAUUUACAAUUGGAUUCAAUUUCGUGCUGAUUAUUUAAUAACCAAGACAUUCUAUAUUCAAUCUUAUAAAUCAUCUACCAAGUGUUCUUUAAAACUAAACAAAAUUCAUAUUUUUGCUUCGCGUUAGUCUUGUUUAUGUUUAUAAAGUAAAAGUUGCGUUUGUCUUUUGUACGACAAGGUUGAAAAGCUGCGCCUAAGUUAUUGAACAAACGGAACGCAAUUUCAUUUAAUUGAAUACAUAAAACUCAAAGAUAGGUAUAUAUUUGGAGUAAUGGUGUAUAUCAACUGUCAUGUAGAUUUAUACAUUUGUAGAUGAACAUCAAAUGUAACACGCAAUGAAAGUGCGAUUCAAUUUCGCUCUCUGAAGUUCGUAAAAUGGAAAUUGAUAGCUGCGAAAACCGGCCUUUAGAAAGUUGCAGAUUACUUGCAGUGUAAUUUACGAAGCGAAUUAAAUUCUUGAUAUGUUUUACAUGAAAUGACUUGAAACGUGGACUCGCAUGUUGAUAUGAUAAUGUGAUGGCACAUUUAAACUACAUUACUAAAAUCAAAUAAUUGCAUAAUAAAUAUUAAAUUCUAUCGGAUUAAAGUCACCUUAAAAUUUACGUAAAAAAGUGUUGCUUGCAUUUUUUGAAAAGCAUUAAAAAAAUAUUGCAUGAUUAAUGUGUAUUUAGUUUGAUGUAUCGCCGAGAGAAAUUUUUUGAUCGUCAACGCUUAUAUUAAAUUAAUUAAAUCGAUUUACUAUGAUUAAUGAUCGUGUUAAUGAUGAAACUACCCGUCGAUUAAAUUAUAAAUUUAUAGCAUGAGUAUAAAAAUUUCAAACACUGAUUUUUUCUUGUUUAGAAUUUAUUAUUCUUUUAUUUGAUGAAAGCCUAAAGUUUAUUAUCAUAAAAGUUUUGGCUAGUAAUUAAAAAAAUUAUAACAACUUAAUUAAAAACUCUAUAUUAUUGUGUAAAUGUGUAAAUAUGAGGUAUAUUAUUGUGUACGGUGUAAAUAGAUUCUUUUAUGUGUAAAAAAUACAUAGAACUGAAUAAAUAUUAUGUUAUAAAA